ACGACGGGCGGCGGCGCGCGCGCCCCUCCCGCGCAGGACGGCGCUGCCCCGGCGGCAUGAGGGGAGAGCGCGGCCGGCUCCGAGCGGUUUGAGUUGAUCUCACUAAACUGCAGCCAUGGUGCAGAAGUACCAGUCCCCCGUGCGGGUGUAUAAACACCCUUUUGAGUUAAUUAUGGCUGCAUAUGAAAGGAGGUUUCCUACGUGCCCUCUGAUCCCCAUGUUUGUAGCCAGUGACACAGUAAACGAGUACAAGAGUGAGGAUGAGGCCAUCCACGUGAUCGAGCGGCGCUGCAAGCUGGACAUCGAUGCACCACGGCUGCUGAAAAAGAUUGCAGGAGUGGACUAUGUCUACUUUGUCCAGAAGAAUUCUCUGAACAGGAGAGAAAGGACUCUGCACAUAGAAGCCUACAAUGAAACCUUCUCCAACAGAGUCAUCAUCAAUGAGCACUGCUCCUACACAGUUCAUCCUGACAAUGAAGAUUGGACCUGUUUUGAGCAAUCAGCAAGUCUGGAUAUCAAAUCUUUUUUUGGUUUUGAAAGCACAGUGGAAAAGAUUGCCAUGAAGCAAUACACCAGCAAUAUUAAAAAGGGAAAAGAAAUAAUAGAGUACUACCUGAAGCAGCUGGAGGAAGAAGGAAUAACCUUUGUCCCUCGCUGGACUCCUCCUGUUGCAUGUAAAUCAGAGAGCAGCACAUCUCACCCAAGGAGACCAGUGUCACCUGCCAUUAACAUCCCAGAGUCUGCCACAAAGGAGGGCUUGAGCAGCAAGGAGAUCCUCAACACCUCCAGCAGCCCCUCGGAGCCCACUGCAGGAACACCUGAUGAUAAGCUGGAUGCAGACUACAUCAAGAGGUACCUGGGGGACCUGACCCCCAUGCAGGAGAGCUGCCUCAUCCGCCUGCGGCAGUGGCUGCAGGAGACACACAAAGGCAAGAUCCCCAAGGAUGAGCACAUUUUAAGAUUCUUGCGUGCCAGGGACUUCAACAUUGACAAAGCAAGAGAGAUCCUUUGCCAGUCACUGACGUGGCGUAAGCAGCACCAGGUGGAUUAUAUUCUGGACACCUGGAAUCCUCCCCAGGUGCUCCAGGAUUACUAUGCAGGAGGCUGGCAUCACCAUGACAAAGACGGGCGCCCUCUGUACGUGCUGAGGCUGGGCCAGAUGGACACCAAGGGCCUGGUGCGAGCGCUGGGGGAGGAGGCCCUGCUGCGCUACGUUCUUUCAAUAAAUGAAGAAGGGCUGAGGAGAUGUGAGGAGAAUACAAAAGUAUUUGGCAGGCCAAUAAGCUCUUGGACCUGCCUGGUAGAUCUGGAAGGUUUGAACAUGAGGCAUUUAUGGAGACCUGGUGUCAAGGCCCUUCUGAGGAUCAUUGAGGUGGUUGAAGCCAAUUACCCCGAGACCUUGGGUCGUCUGCUUAUCCUAAGAGCACCUCGAGUAUUCCCAGUUCUCUGGACACUGGUUAGUCCAUUCAUUGAUGACAACACCAGAAAGAAAUUCCUUAUUUAUGCUGGAAAUGACUACCAGGGUCCUGGGGGACUGCUGGAUUACAUAGAUAAAGAAAUUAUCCCUGAUUUCCUCGGUGGAGAGUGCAUGUGUGAAGUACCAGAGGGUGGGCUGGUUCCCAAGUCCCUCUACCGGACAGCAGAAGAGUUGGAAAAUGAAGACAUCAAGCUUUGGACUGAAACAAUCUACCAGUCUGCAAGUGUCUUCAAAGGAGCUCCACAUGAGGUUCUCAUCCAGAUCGUGGACGCCUCGUCGGUGAUCACGUGGGAUUUUGACGUGUGCAAGGGCGACAUUGUUUUUAACAUCUUCCAUUCCAAAAGAGCCCCACAGCCUCCCAAGAAGGACUCCCUGGGAGCUCACAGCAUUACAUCUCCUGGUGGGAACAACGUCCAGUUGAUAGACAAAGUCUGGCAGCUGGGGCGUGACUACAGCAUGGUGGAGUCUCCCCUGAUCUGCAAAGAAGGGGAGAGUGUGCAGGGCUCCCAUGUGACCAGGUGGCCUGGCUUCUACAUUUUACAGUGGAAAUUCCACAGCAUGCCUGCCUGUGCUACAACCAACCUGCCUCGUGUGGAUGAUGUGCUGGCAUCUCUACAGGUGUCCUCUCACAAAUGUAAAGUCAUGUACUAUACAGAAGUGAUAGGAUCUGAAGAUUUCAGGGGAUCUAUGACCAGCCUUGAAUCAAGCCACAGUGGAUUCUCCCAGCUCAGUGCUGCCACCACCUCCUCUAGCCAGUCCCAUUCCAGCUCCAUGAUUUCCAGGUAGUGCCACAACAGCUGAAAAGCAAAUGGAUGUGAUGGCUGGUCCCUCGCCCAUGGCAGCUGAUUGCAAUACAGCAUAUUCAACUGGCAAUUGUGCAAAAAAAUCCCUACCCCAAAAAGCCUUUUAUAGAUAGUAAAGUAGCUGUUUGAAUUUUACACUUAGUGGUUUUGAUCUUUGUUAGAUCCAACAGCUUGUCUCUUAACUUUAACCCUUUUUCCUAAAUCAGCCAUAAAUAUUUUUGCAAGUGUGCUUGCACAAAUCCUAACUCUGAACACAAGGGCUCUUACUGAAAAGGAAAAACAACCAGUGCAUCAGUUAAGAAUGAUUUCUUUUUUUAACUGUGUAGAUGUUAAAAAGGGAAAAAGAAAAACCCUACCAAAAAUGCUCCGUAGUGCAUUAGAGAUCAACUGCAAGUCUCCUGUCAGGACAUUUCUUUCCAUCCUGAGAGAUCCCCUGUGAUAUUCCAGUGCUGCAAACUGUUCUCCUGUUGCCACUAAUGAUGUCCAAGACAAAGAACAGCAGUUGCUGGAUACUUGACUUUGUGAGUCCAUUUUUUUCAAAGCAUGCCCACAGAGCUGUGGCCAGGCUGUAACACUGAAUAUACUUUUUGUAUGAGCACAUUUCUGGGGAAUUUGAGCUCUGGGUCUUGCUGGGCUAAAGCAAUUUGUUCUUUCCUUGGAUUUGUGCAUGGAGCACUGUGGAGAGAGAGGUGGAGAGCAGGCUCUCCCCCACUGUGUCACUCUGGGCUCAUCCAGAGCUGCUCUGAGCUUCUUUUCCCAGCCCUGUGCUGGAGCUUCACUCUGCUUCCUUAGUGCAUUCCAAGCAAAUGGAUUUUACUGAGGUUUUCUUCUUGUCAGGAAUUUAUGCAGAGCUUCAGCUUGCUGCUCAAAGCAGUCUGAAGGAGGUGUGGCUUCCAUCCUUCCUGAGCACUUCUCCCUCCCUGGGACCUCCUGUCUUUCCCAGUGCCUGGCAGAAAUAGAGCACCUCAGUUCUGGUCAGCCUUGCUGAGAGCAGGGAGCACAGGGAUCUUCCCUCUGAGUGAUACAGGAGAAGAUAUUUAAGGAUUUUCUCCACCAUUUUCACUACUGCCACUGUCAGAGGUGAUCUGCCAUUUGGGAUUCUGUCCCUGUUGGCCAGGGAUUUGGGAUUCUGCCAUUUGGGAUUCUGUCCCUGUUCCAGGCCCAAGCUGGACCCUUGCUGAACUCUGUUCAGUUGUUCUUCCUUCUCCAGCCCUCUCUCUAUGCACAGCAAAAGGCCCCAAAGACUGAACUGUCAGACACAGACCACACCUGGCAGUGGAGCAGAGAUGAUUUUGGUCUGAAAUGCAGCAGGAUUUGCACAGUUAGACCCUUCUUGAUCUUUCCUUACCCUUGCUAGAGCCAAAAUGUCCCUGCAGGCACAAGGAGCUUCUGUGCUGGCUGCAGUCCCAUCUGGGAAAUGGGAUAGGGUCUGGCUUGGGUAAGGGGUGGAGGAGCUUCAGGAGGUGUUGCACUUGGAAAGCAGAACUCACUCGGGAUUCUGGAUCCCCUGCCUGAGGGAUGCUGGUCCUGAACUCAGUGUGAAGCUUUUUUAUGCCUGCAGGGCUCUGGAGAGGCAGGUGACAGACCCCUGACAGGAGCAGCUCUGCUGCAGCCCCGUUCUGGCUGUGGCACCAGAGCUGACAGGUAUUUUAGUAACAGAGGUGCUCAGAGACCAACCUCCUUAAACUGAACCAAGUGGAUCUGUUCUGGAGCUCUUUUAGGACUCAGAAGCUGAAGGUGGAGGUUUGGCUGUUACUUAGGGACUCAGGUCACUGCUUUGGUGUCACACAGCUCCCAGCCACUUGCACAGGCUGUGGCUCCAGGGCUGCUCCCAGGAGCUCUGCCCAAAUUCCUGACCCCAGGAGCCAGGCUUGAUAGCACAGGGAGAGCAGCUGGAGCACAGUGAGGUUCACCUGCUGACACUCAUGGCACUCACUCUUCCAUUCACCAGGCUGUAAGGGCUGAAGAUGGUCCCUUUCUCUCUCUCUCUUUCUCUCAGAUGGCGAUUUUGCUGACAACUCUAAAGAAUCUGCUCCAUUCAACACUCCACAUCUUGUCCAGGUGUCUGCCUUUGUAGACCUUUUUGAGUUGCAGUCCCUUUUCAAGUCUGAAGAGCUAUAUUUUUGUUUUUCACUUGAGCUGGCUCAAAAGUGGCACUUUGGGUUUUUCCUGCUUUUGAUCUUAACACAUCAUUUAGAGCUCAAAGCACAUUGCAGCACAAACAACCAGGGAGAUAAAAUUCCAGAAAAACAAUAGUUAAUCUUCCUGUAAGCAAAGUGCUGUGGCAAUAUGACUUGAUCACUGCAGUCUAACUAAAUUUCCCAUACCCUGGUCUUUCUCUGUGUGAUACUGCUCUUCCUUCUCUCAGCCAGUGACUCUUCUGUUGGCACCUUUCCUGUUAUCAGUGUCCUUCACUUCCCUGUCCCUCCUCAUGAACUGCAUAUCAAAUUCUGUAAAUGUUUUGUAUACAUAAUACCUCAUUCUUGGUAAUAAAAUACAGAUAGUCUUUAAAAGAUUUUUUUAUUGUUAUCAAUAAAUGUUAACUGUUUGGA